GUUCUCGUCGUGUUGGUUUCAUCUCUCUUCUCUAUUGUGACACCCACCGGCAUCGUUAAUAGGAACAGCACACACACACACCCACACACACCAAAGGAUCGUUGAGCGCAGAAUUCUCACAUGUGGCGAAGACUACCUGCUGCGUGCACUCCCUGGGUGGGUCGACGCUUGCGCUUUCCCACACGUCGCUUCAGCGCCACAACAAGCGUCUGCCGUGCCACCUCACAGCACACGUCGCCCCCGGCACACGAUGACUUCUUCGUCGACAUCGACAGUCUCGCGGGUUUUAGCGACGCAGCAGCGCCAGUGGACCGUUCUCCCGGGCAGCAAGCGGACUCUCCUGCGCACCCUUCAUCGACCAGCAAUGUGUUAGCCCCUGAUGUACUGGGAGUGAUUCGACACAUUCCCGAGGAAGAGGGGGCGCGGUUCUCCCGACUGCAAAUUCAGCUGGCGGCCAGCGAGAACGAGGCAGGAUCGUACGGAGCGCGAGUGCGGUCUAACACGCGCGCCGGGCUGGAGCUAGGCGAGGAAGCGCGAUACGCGGACCGGUGCGCUGUUUCAGCGGAGAAAACGAAGACAAGUGAAGGAGCAAAGGAGAAAGAGGAGAGCUCCGAAGGCGGCAUCUCUGCCCUUGAAGGGAUACAUCCUGGUGAUGCUCAUAAGGAUGGCAGUCGUCUGCCCGAUCCCACGCACCUGCCUUACGAUGACGAGCGCUUUGCCGAGAUGCUGCUCGAGAUGGAGGUGAACGGCGUGAUUGACGAGACCUGGCAGGACGCCAACAAGGCCUACAUCGAGGACGUGAAGGAGAUAGCGGACAUUCUAGCCUCCCUUAAGGUGCGCGACUUGUGCUGCAUCGACGUCUCGGAGAAAACGUCCAACUUUGAUUACAUGAUGUUCGGCACGUGUGAGGGGGCUCGGCACAUCCACCUUGCCGCCUGGGCUGCCCAGGACGCGGACAAGGUGCAUCGCGUUUCCAAAAUUAAGCGGAAGCAAACGGACGAGCUGUGGGAGGUGGUGCCGCUGGGGCGUAUCGUGCUGAACCUCAUGGUGGAAAGCUUUCGGGAGGAGAUGACGCUGGAGCGAAAAUGGGCUGUGACGCGCGCCAUGGACCCGCUUACCGCGGCCAACGCCCCCAUCAGCGAAGGUCGUCAGGUGAAGGCACACGGCCUAUGGACGCUGACGCUGAACUUGCAGGAUCUGGAGGACUUUGAGGUGGACUACUGCAAGGACAUCCUGAUGCGCCAGAUGUAA